AUGCCUGGCGCACGCAAACGACAACGAACCGCCUUCCAACUCCAUGCGGUUGCUGAAGAGGAACCCGAUGCCACGCAGUCCGUAAUGGAGACGGCUCGGCACACAGCGUUCGUGUCCGGGCCCCAGGGCUAUAACUCCCAGAUUACUUUCAUCACCUUACCGCAGCAUUCCGAUGCAACAUCUCAAGACCCCGGCGACGCCCCUGAUCUGAUUCGCGAGGAUGGAGAUGAGGCGCAUGUGUACGCCAUCACGGAGGCGGACACGGCUGAGGCCGAGGCUCGUAGACGACGACGGACCACUAGUGAUCAUCCGUUGUUGGAGUGGCGCGCCAGGGUUGACGAAUGGCUCAUGGAGCUAUUGAGGCUCGAAGGUCGCGCGGGCUUCACGGAUACGCAGUGCCCGACAUGCCACGAUGGGAUUGCAGAGUACCGCUGUGAAGACUGCGCAGAUCUACAGCUCUAUUGUGCGGAUUGCACAGCCGGCAGGCAUAUGCGUUUGCCUCUCCAUCGGAUCAAGCGCUGGGCCGAAGCCCACUUUCAGCACGCGAACCUCAAGAGCCUCGGCGUGAGUAUGCAAAUGGGCCACCCGUCAGGUCAACGCUGCCCGAACCCCAAACCGGCCUUCGACGACGACUUCGUAAUCCUCGACGUCAGUGGUAUCCACCACGUCGCGCUCGAUUUCUGCAACUGUCAUCGGAAGGUACACCUGCCCAACCAACUCAUGCGUGCGCGGUUGUUCCCUGCGACGGUCACGAAUCCCAAGACCGCCGCCACGUUUGCACUGAUGGAACUCUUCCACCUCCUGCGCACUCAGUCCAAGAUCUCCGCCUACGAAUUCUAUCACACGCUCGCGCGACGGACAGAGAAUGUGGCACCACGAGAAUCCACAGAUCGUUAUCCCGCGUUUCUACGCAUGUCGCGGGCUUGGAGCCACUUGAAAAUGCUCAAGCGAGCAGGCCGUGGACAUGACGUCUCCGGCGUCGGCGGAACCGCACGAGGGGAAUGCGCGGUGGAAUGCCCGGCGUGCCCUCACCCGGGCAAGAAUCUACCCGAUAAUUGGAAGGAGGCACCCGAGGGAGAGAAAUGGCUCUAUCGCUUGUUCGUCGGCCUCGACGCGAAUUUCCGCCUCAAACGCAAGAAGGUCUCCAGCGUAGCUGUCGACCCUGGCCUCAACCAAGGCUUUGCGUACUUCGUCGAGGACCACACCUACAAGGCCUUCUUGAAUACUUUCGACACGAAGCUACCCCCAGAGACAAAUACAUGCCACAACCAUGAUGCCGUCAAACUUGCCAACAUCAAGAAGAUUCGUGAGACGGACGCAAGUGGCGUGGCUACUGUCGAAUGUGUUCGACACGACAUGAAGCGGCCCGCCUCUGUCGGCGAUCUACAAUAUGGCGAACGCUAUGUCAACAUGGACUAUCUCUAUUUUUCGAGCCUCACGCAUCACUGCACCGUCGAGGUGGUGACGUCGUACGAUAUCUCCUGCCAGUGGAGCCGGAACUUGCCCGCCCGCCAGGAACUCUACGGCCUCCAGUUCGAUCGUAUCCAAUGCAAGUAUCUCUUCCUCGUGCCGAAGCACCACCUCAAUGCGCACCGCCUCGCCUGUCAAACGGCGUACUCCUUCAACUACACGAAAGGCGUGGGGCGCACCGACGGCGAGGCGGUCGAACGAGGCUGGGCCGCCGUGAACCCGUUCGCGUCUUCCACGAAAGAAAUGGGUCCUGGCCAUCGACGCGACGUCUUGGACGACGUGUUUGGGAAUUACAACUGGGGGAAGGUCCGGAAGCUUGGUCCGACACUUUGUAGGAAACUGGAGGAGGCCCUUGAGCAUAUGUGUACCCUACGACAUGCAUUCGAGGAGUUCGGGGAGACGUUGCCGCUCGAGAGUGUGCGCGCAUGGACUGAGCUAGUCGAAAAGUGGGAGAUUGACCCUGCCAACUUCGAGAAUCCUUUCGUAACUACGGAACCCGUGGUCACCGUCGCAGCAGUACGCCGCCAGCUCGCCGAGGAGGAAGCGGCACGCUUACAGGCCGGACACGACUUGUCAUACCACGCGAGCAUGUCACCGAGUAUCAUGCUCGCGGCUGGGCUUGAUCUUGAGAACUUGCAAUGUCGCCUUCGUCGGGAAUUUCGAGGACUCGGGGAGCAUAGCACUGACAAACAGCAUGCUACCAUCCAAGAGCGACUCAACAGUCUCCGUCGGAGACUAGAGGCAUGGUUCAAGAUUCAGCACGCGUACAUUCCGGGUGCCGAGGCCUUCCGCGAACGUCUAGUACGCGACACGAACAAGGACGUACCUGCAUAUGACAUCCCUGUACUCCUCCCAUCAGGGAUCAGCUCGGCCCUGGAGGUCUCCGCUUUCUUGCAAGACAUCGAGUGGCGACUGCGCCAUGCUCAAGCCCACGACGCGCUCUCGGACUUACGGCGCCAUCUCCACCUCCGAAGCCACCUCUACUCGUUCAAAGAUCGAUUCAUCCGAGGUCAACAGGCGAACACUCGUGCGCGGUCGAUCAUCAACACGACACAGGCCAAGGUUGACGAGAACGCCGAGCGGUAUCGGCGUGCGCGUGCAGCGUUGGUCUCGCUGUCGGACCGACUUGGGAGAACUGGCUGGGAAGCCACACUUCAAGUCCUCGAGGAUCAGCACGUCCGAGGGCUGAAGCUGGACGAAAGCGAGGAGACGGAGGGUCGCCGCACGCUGUCCUGGAUAUGGCGCACAACGCCACUCGCGGGGCCCGAGAACGCUGACGACCCUCACCUGCAAGAAGCAUUGCGUGUGGAAUGGUGCAAGUCCCGCGCAAGGGCACACCGCUGGGAAGAAGAAGUACACCUGCUGGUCGAGGAGAUGCGUCGCGUCCUCGCCUAUCACCAGUGGAUGGCGCAACGGUGGCUCGGAAGGCACGACGCCCGUCAAGAUUUACCUGUCGAGGUUCAGGAAGGAUUGUCAGCUUAUGCACUUCGCCAGGCCGAAAUCCGCACGACCCUGCGAUCGAUCUGCGCGCGCACAUGGCAAGACAUAGGUACAUGGGUGACGAAUGCGAUGGAGCUAAUGUACGGAGAUGGAGUCUUGGCCACGCCCGACACGUCCCAGCCUGCGGGCGCUGUGCAACCGCCAGGCAUGAACGUGUCGACGGGCACAAACAGCGCAGCGACGAGCGCGAACCACGCGUCGAGAAGCGUGUCGGACACCGCGUCCACGAACGUGUUGGGCGCCGCGUCAACGAGCAUGUCAGACGGUGUGUCGAGAAGUGUGUCGGAUACUGGGUCGGCGAGCACAAACCACCCACGAACCAGUGUGAACGAGCCAUCGGCCGCCAUUGGCCAGGCAUCAACAGGACUCGCCACUGCAUGGCAAAGGCAAUUGCAGGCCCUCCGCGUGGCAAGCGAGCCAUUGGUUAGGGCGGGCGAUGUAUGGGAUCCUGAUCCUGCGGGUGAUGGGUUGGAAGACAAUAUGUGGGAGGACGAAUCGUGUGGACCUGCAGGCGACGGAUGGGAAAGCGAAGGGUGGGACGGUGAUGAUGGUGUAGUAUAA